UGAAGUAAAGUCAUCGGGCUCAUUAUCUUUAUAGAUUCCCUUAUUCACAAGAUACCAUCUAAUUAUCUUCCCUCACCUAGCAGUUAUUCUCGUCCUCAAAAUGGCUACGCAUAACGACGCUUCGACUGAGUACUGGGGCCAACCUGAACUCACAGGUGCUGCAUUCGAUUUCCGAAGCGAUGUGAUAACCACACCCUCCCUCGGCAUGUUUGACGCCAUCAGACGAGCCACCCUCAACGACGACGUCUACGGCGAAGACCGAACUACGUCAGCCUUUGAGGAGGAGAUGGCCACCAUCUGCGGCAAGGAAGCUGGUGCUUUUGUGAUCAGCGGUACUAUGGCGAACCAGCUUUCGCUUCGUACGUUGUUGAAAGAAGCACCGCCAUAUUCCAUCCUGACAGACGCUCAGUCUCACAUCAUUCACUGGGAGGCCGGUGGUGCGGCCUUCAUCAACGGUGCCAUGAUCCAGCCCAUACGCCCUCUCAAUGGCAGACACCUGACGGUCGAAGACGCGAAGAAGCACGCAGUGCUCGCUUACGACGUACACAAGACACCCACACGCGUGGUGAGCCUUGAGAAUACAACGGCGGGCACAGUCAUCCCACUCGAAGAGCUCCGGCGUCUUAAGGCCUGGGCCGAGAAGAACCAAAUAGGAGUGCACAUGGACGGGGCGCGCCUGUUCGAGGCCGUCGCCGCGGGCGGAGGCUCGCUGCGCGAGUUUGCGCAAUGUGCUGACCUCGUCACGCUUGACUUUAGCAAGAACCUCGGUGCACCUAUGGGUGCUAUGGUCCUUGGAUCGAGGGAGGAUAUCCGGAAACUGAAGCGAACUCGCAAGGGCCUGGGCGGCGGCAUGCGGCAGGCUGGCGUCCUAGUCGCUGCGGCGCGACAGGCGGUCGUGGAGAACUUUGGCCUAGGAGAAUUCGAUACAGUCGGAGCCCUGGCCAGAAGCCACGAUAUCGCUAAGCUGAUUGGGGACAUCUGGACACAGAGGGGC